GAACCGAAUGGAAAAAGCAAUGCUUAAAUUUAGUAACUAUGAAAACAUAGAUAUGGCCUCUAUUAAGGCUUUUUCAACAAAACUCUUUAAAACACGGCGUGGCUGUGCAAAGGAGACAUUAGACAUUCGUCGAAAAAUUUUAUUGGCAAUGUCACGUCGUGUGGGAGUUCUUGCUAACGACUUUGAUCUCCCGUCAUUGUUAGGCAUCUUGCAGUGUUAUACGGUUCAUGAUCUAACGCCAUUUCAUUUAGAACCCCUUGCGAUACGUGCGACAAACCACGUCAAUGACUUUACUCCACAUGAGUGUGCAACAUUGUCCCAUGUACUGCGUAAAUGGCGCACUAUGCGACUGGAAGUGUGCGAGCGGCUUGUGGAGCGCAUAUGCACUGCCGACCAGCUCACACACCAUAUGGCGAACGCCGCGAUGGUAAGCAUACGUGCCUGCUACGCCAAGGUGAGUGAUGGUGGACGUAAUGCCAUGAAUGCCGAGCCCACACGUCAAAAGCUUCGUGCUAUGGGCGAACAAGUGGGCUCUCGUUUGGAUGAGGUGGAAUACCCCGCACUGCCCGUCAUACUCAGCAUUCUUGAUGUUAUUGUCACACUAAAGAUUUAUGUGCCCAAGAAGAGUCUGCAGACUAUCUUUUUGCAGGCCAAUGACAUGUUGGCUGUGGUAAUGGAGCAGAAGGACGAUCUUGUGGAUCCAAAGACCGGGAAACGUGUGCGUUUCAUCACAGCCGAGGAGGGACGUCAGCUGCAGGCAUUACUUUCACAUUACGGUAACGAUCUUGCGCCGGAGUUGGCUCAGCGACUGAAGGAGGCAUUCCGAGAGGGCAUGCUUCCAGAUGAGGCUUCAUUGUAA